ACAAGCUCUUCUAUUCUAGGAAACAGCCAAAAGAACAAGAGGCUGCUGAAGACAAAAUUUCUCUGCAACGGCCUGCACAGGGCAACGUGUGCAGCCAUCUUUUAGGAAGAGGACAAGGUGGGAUUUUCCUUUCUUAACGGACUUCUGCACCUGUUGAUAUGCUGACGCUAUUUUCAGCUGAAGAACUGCUAAGUCCUGGAUUUCUCCGCUCUCAACCACAGGAAACUUCAUAUUUCAAAAAUCUGUGAAGUUUGAACAAGCAGCCUUCCCAAGAUGAACCGAAUAUCUCAACUGAUGUCAACACCAGUAGCAAGUAAAUAUUCUUCCCGGUCUGAGAAAGAAUACACUGCAGAGCUGUCUCCCCCAUGCAUUUUCCCAAGUUUUGCCUGUGAUUUCCUGGAUGGUGACAGUUCCUUUGAGUGCUGCACCAUAGAUCCCCUGACAGGCUCCCACUUUGCCUGUCGCCGAAGUCCCAGACUCCUCACCAAUGGCUACUACAUCUGGACCGAAGACAGUUUUCUCUGCGACAAAGAUGGCAACAUAACUCUGAGCCCCUCCCAGACCAGUGUCCUGUACAAGGAGAACUUAGUCAAAAUAUUUAGAAAGAAAAAGAGAAUCCGCAGUUCUUUUUCUUCUCUCUUCAACCUCAGUGCCUCUGAAUCUUGGCUGCAUGGAAACAUCUUUGGUAAUGCUGACUCUUCCCCCAAUGAGGACGUCUGGUUGGAGGGGGUCAGGAGGCUGGAAGCAAACCAUUGCAAUGAAAAUGGAGAUGGUUUUGACUGUUCUCUGACGGAUAACUGGGAGUCGGAGAAGCUAGAUGCAGAGUCUGUGAAAACCUCCUUUUCCAGCCAUGUCACCUCUCGGAGUCCCGGAGAAAACUCCCACAACCUGCCUCCUCAGUCCCAGUUCACAGCUUCUGAACAUUUCCAGGAAAACAUUUUGGAUCAUCCAAAAACCAGUUUGUUACGAGAGGUUUCCUUUCAAGCAAAUCUGUUUGCUGCAUGCUUAAUUAUUUCUGCCUGUGCAAGAUGGUUUCUGGGAGGAAUCAGAGCCAGUGUCUUCACAUGCUCCUUGGUGAUAACCAUUGCUUAUGUUAUCAAGUCAUUCCUUCUCAGCCUUGCCAACUGUUUCAAAGUCACCACCCGCACUUGGUUUGCCAAAAUUUGACAGCCAUUCAGGAGAGCCUCUGAUGAAUGUCUUCAGUCUGAAUAUCUGGAAAUUGUCCCAUUUGUAGUCUGCUUGGAAUCAACUGUUUUAUUGGAAAGAGUGAACAAGUGGAUAAUUGAGAAAAAAAAGCAUUUUAAUUUGGUUAUGUGGUUUAAAAAAAAAUCUCAGUUUUGGCCUCACAAUGAUAAUAUGCUCAUGAAAAUAAUAUUAAUUUGUCUUCCCUCUGCAAACACAAGCAGUUGAAAAGGAAAGGACUGGGAAAUGUGACAGAGAACAAACCACCUGGAUGAGUGUUCUCUUAUUAUACCUUAAGGCAGUGGUUCUCAAACAUUAAUUUUCUUUAGAGAACUCUAUGAGGAGCUUAUAACAAUGCAGAUUCCUGGGCCUGCCUGCCUGUACCUAUCCCUUGCUAAACCGCUGCAGUUGAACAAAGAAAGGGAAUUUAUAUAAUCAGCACCAACUUGAAAUAAAUAAAUGUGGUUUGUGCAUAAAAUAUAAUGUAGAAAAAGCUUUCAGAUCUUCCCAAGGGAUGGCCUAAUAGAAGGUGGUGACAGUAGAUGAUGGUUGAUGGAAAACGGGCAGGAGAGAGCCAUUUUUCAGAAAGUUCUUCUUUCUAACCAGUUUCUUUACCAAGUUUUCAAUCAUCUUGGCACUCAUGAUUACCUUUCACUCAAACUUCAAUUCAAAUAAAGAUAGAACACACAAAAAAAUACCUCAGGGGCAAAAUAAAGGCAAAACACCGCAGUGCUUUGAAACACACAAAAAUUGUACAGUUGCACUGAGGGAUUACAGGAGAUGCUCCCUCUCUAUCCCUCUUGCUUGGUAUAUGUUCCCAAAUGUGGCCUGCGAUUGAAAUUUGUUUUAUAUGAUAUUCUCUGGCUGGAGAAUUGUGUGGAGAAAAUUGUCUCUGCUUAAAAUGGUAAUGUCAAAAUAUCACUUUUUAUAUCAAUUGUACUUAGUGCCUUUUUGGUUGGAAAAGUUUUAUAGUAAUAAAUAAAUGGAGUCAUCAAUGACUUGGUUUGGUCAAAUACUAGUCGACAUGUUGCUGUGAAGGUAUU